AUGCUGCUCCUGGCCCUGCUCUUCAUGGUGGCCUGGGCAGUGGCUGGCGGGCGGUGGUGUGAGCAGACGGAGACUGUCUGGGUGGAGGAGUUGGUGACACCCCGCCAGGAGGACCUGGUGCCCUGUGCCAGCCUAUACCACCACCUCCAGCUGGGCUGGCACCUGGGCCCGUCCCGGAGGGCUCACACCAGGCUCACCUCCGACCCUAGGCUCUGCCCCAUCUACAGGCCCCCAGAAACCCGGCCGGCAGCCCGGACCCGCACCGUGAGGGCUUGCUGCCCAGGCUGGGGGGGUGCCCACUGCUCCCUGGCCCUUGGAGGAGCCAGCCCCAGUGGCCACUGCUUUGCCACGGGGCAGUGCCGGCUGUGGGCAGGUGUGGUCCACGCGCCAGCAGGAAGCCUGGAGGAGUGCUGUGCCCGGGUCUGGGGGCACAGCUGGCGGGAUGGCAGCUCCCAGGCCUGCAUCCACUGCUCCGGCCAGUCCCCCCAAGGCAGUACCCGCACCCUAGCCCCCCUGCAGCCACGGGCAGGGGCCGUGGGCCAGCUCUGGAGCCAGCGCCAGCACCCCUCGGCCACCUGCGCCACCUGGUCGGGCUUCCACUACCGCACCUUCGACGGGCGACACUUCCACUUCCUGGGCCGCUGCACCUACCUGCUGGCGGGCGCGGCUGACUCCAGCUGGGCAGUCCACCUGCUGCCCGGGGGACAUUGCCCCCAGCCUGGGCACUGCCAGCUGGUCCGGGUGACAAUGGGGCCAGAGGAGGCGCUGAUUCAGGGUGGCAACGUCUCUGUGAAUGGGGUGCCAGUCCCCAAAGAGGAGCCCCAGAUGCUCCACGGGAUGAGUCUGCAGUGGCAGGGGGACUGGCUGGUGCUGUCGGGGGACCUGGGGGUCAUCGUGCGGCUGGAUGGGGCCGGCUCUGUGUCCAUUUCCCUGGACCCUGGGCUCCAGGGGCAGACGCGAGGCCUGUGCGGGCUCUACAACGACCAGCCGGAGGAUGACUUUUUGGAGCCAAGCGGGGGGCUGGCUGUGUUAGCUGCCACCUUUGGGAAUUCCUGGAGGCUCCCUGACUCUGAGCCUGGGUGUGUGGACGCCACAGAGGCUGCUCCGGUCUGCACGGGGCCCCUGGGGGACAUGGAGGAGGCAUCCCAGCUGCGGGCUGAGGCCCAGGACGUGUGCCACCUCCUCCUGAGUGGUCCUUUCAGAGAGUGCCACAUCCAGGUGGCCCCCACCGGGUACCAUGAGGCUUGUCUCUUCGCCUACUGUGCGGGCGCGCCAGACAGCAAGCAGGCAGGGCGGCGGGAGGCCGUGUGUGCCACCCUGGCCAGCUACACCCGGCACUGCGCCCGGGAGGGCAUCCAUGUCCGGUGGAGAAAGCCUGGCUUCUGCGAACGCCUGUGCCCUGGGGGCCAGCUCUACUCGGACUGUGUGUCCUCCUGCCCACCCAGCUGCUCGGCCGUGGGCGAGGGCGGGCAAGGGUCCUGCCAGGAGCAGUGUGUGAGCGGCUGCGAGUGCCCCCCCGGCCUGUACUGGGAUGGCACGUUUUGUGUGCCCCCUGCCCAGUGCCCCUGCUACCACCGGCGCCAGCGCUAUGCCCCGGGGGAUACCGUGCACCAGCUGUGCAACCCCUGUGUGUGUCAGGACGGCCGCUGGCACUGUGCCGAGGCCCCGUGCCCGGCCCAGUGCGCCGUUGGCGCUGAUGGACACUACCUCACCUUUGAUGGGCGGAGCUUCUCCUUCAGGGGCAACAGAGGCUGCCGCUACAGCCUGGUGCAGGAUCACGUGAAGGGGCAGCUGCUGAUUGAGCUGGAGCAUGGGGCCUGUGAGUCCGGGAGCUGCCUCCAUGCCAUCUUGGCCUCCCUGGGGGGGACCCACGUCCAGCUCAAGGACUCAGGUGCCGUCCUGGUGGAUGGGCAGGAGGUGGCUGUGCCCUGGCAUGGUGCUGGGGACCUCAGCGUCUCCCGAGCCUCCUCCAGCUUUCUGCUGCUGCGCUGGCCAGGGGCCCGGGUCCUCUGGGGGGUGUCUGACCCCUCGGCCUACAUCACUCUGGAGCCCCGCUAUGCCUACCAGGUGCAGGGUCUGUGUGGCACCUUCACCUGGAACCAGCAGGACGACUUCCUGACCCCUGUCGGGGACGUGGAGACCAGCGUUGCUUCCUUCACCAGCAAGUUCCAGGUGGCAGGUGUGGGGAAGUGCCCCCCUGGGGACGCUGCACUGUCGCACCCCUGCAGUACCCACACCCAGCGCCGCCCCUUCGCGGAGGCGGCCUGCACCGCCCUGCAUGACCCAGCCUUCCAGAAGUGCCACGGUCUGGUGGACAGGGAGUCGUACUGGCUGCGCUGCCUGGCAGCCGUUUGCGGCUGCACCUUGGGGGAGGACUGCCUGUGCCCCCUGCUGGCAGCCUAUGCCCGCCACUGUGCCCAGGAGGGCGCCCUGCAGUCCUGGAGGAGCCAGACCCUCUGCCCUGUCACAUGUCCCGGUGGCCAGGAGCACCAGGAGUGUGCCCCGGCAUGCGGCCGAAACUGCGGGGAGCCUGAGGACUGUGUGGGACUGGGCGUCUGUGUGUCUGGAUGUAACUGCCCCCCAGGGCUACUGUGGGACCCCGCAGGCCAGUGUGUGCCCCCCAGCCUGUGCCCUUGCCAGCUGGGAGCCCAGCGCCAUGCUCCUGGCAGCACCACCAUGAAGGACUGCAACCGCUGUGUUUGCCAGGAAAGGGGCAUCUGGAAUUGCACGGCACACCGCUGCUCCCCACGGCAGGUGUUCUGUCCUCGUGGGCUCAUCCACGUCCCUGGCGCCUGUCUGCUCACCUGUGACAGCUCCAGUGCCAACCACACCUGCCCCAUGGGCAACACCAAAGGCUGUGUCUGCCCCCCUGGCACCGUGCUGCUGGACGAGCGCUGUGUGCCCACCGAGCAUUGCCCCUGCCGUCACAGUGGGCGGUGGUACCCGCCCAAUGCCACCAUCCAGGAAGACUGCAACGUUUGCGUGUGCCAGGGCCAGCGGUGGCACUGCACGCGUCAUCAGUGCGGGGGUCACUGCCAGGCCUCAGGCGCCCCCCACUAUGUCACGUUUGAUGGGCUGGCGAUGACCUUCCCCGGGGCCUGCGAGUACCUGCUGGUGCGAGCGGUUGACGGCCAGUUCUCCGUGUCAGCUCAGAACCUGCCCUGUGGGGCCAGUGGCCUCACCUGCACCAAGGCGCUGAGCCUACAGCUGGAGGGCACCAUUGUGCACCUGCUCAGAGGCCGGGCCGUGACAGUGAAUGGGGUGCCCAUCUCACCCCCCAAGGUCUACACAGGCCUCGGGCUGAGCCUGCACCGCGCUGGCCUCUUCCUGGUGCUCAGCACUCGUGUGGGCCUCAGCCUGCUCUGGGAUGGAGGCACCCGGGUGCUGGUGCACCUGCCCCCUCAGUUCCGCGGCCGCGUGGCGGGGCUGUGCGGAGACUUCGACGGAGAUGCCAGCAACGACCUGAGGAGCCGCCAGGGCGUUCUGGAGCCCACGGCGGAGCUGGCCGCCCAUUCCUGGCGCCUCCGGCCCCUCUGCCCCGAGCCUGGAGACAUGCCGCAUCCCUGCACCGUGAAUGCCCACCGGGCCGAGUGGGCCCGGGCUCGCUGCGGGGUACUACUGCAUUCUCUCUUCGCCGCCUGCCACGCGGAGGUGCCUCCGCAGACGCACUACGAGCAGUGCGUGUACGACGCCUGCGGCUGCGACUCUGGGGGCGACUGUGAGUGUCUCUGCUCGGCCAUCGCCACCUACGCGGAUGAGUGCGCUCGGCGCGGACAUCGCCUGCGCUGGCGCAGCCAGGAGCUCUGCCCCCUGCAGUGCGAAGGGGGCCAGCUGUAUGACGCCUGUGGCCCCACGUGUCCCCCCACCUGCCGUGACCGGGCUCCUGAGCCCGGGUGGCACUGCCAGGUGGCUGCCUGCGUGGAGGGCUGCUUCUGCCCCGAGGGGACCCUGCUGCACGGCAGCACCUGCCUGGAGCCCGCCUCCUGCCCCUGCGAGUGGGGGGGCAGCUUCUUCCCACCGGGGGCCGUGCUGCAGAAGGACUGCGGGAACUGCACGUGCCAGGACAGUCGGUGGUACUGCGGGGCGGGCCGUCCCAACUGUGAGGAGCCGGUGCCCAGUUGUGCAGAGGGAGAGGUCCCUUGCCGGGAGAAUGGGCACUGUGUGCCCCGCGGCUGGCUCUGUGACAACCAAGACGACUGUGGUGAUGGCUCAGACGAGGAAGGCUGUGCCACCCCAGGCUGUGGGGAAGGGCAGUUCUCCUGCAGCUCCGGCCGAUGCCUGCCCAUGGCUCUGCGCUGUGAUGGGCAGGACGACUGUGCCGACGGGGCGGACGAGCAGGGCUGCCCAUGCCCCCAGGAAUCUCUGGCCUGUGGUGACGGGCACUGCCUGCCCCUGACGCUGCUCUGCGAUGGGCACCCCGACUGUCCAGACGGCGCCGAUGAGAAGUCCUGUCUGGGGCGGACGAACUGCACCUCCGGGGAGGUGUCUUGCGGAGAUGACAGCUGCGUGGGUGCCUUCCAGCUGUGUGACGGGGUCUGGGACUGUCCCGAUGGGGCGGAUGAGGGGCCCAGGCACUGCCCCCUCCCCUCUCUGCCCACGCCCCCCGCUGGCUCCCUAGAGACUACACCAACUCCCCCGAGCAGUGUCGGACCUGCGCCGUCCUGCGGCCCGGCCGAGUUUGCUUGUGGAAGCGGUGAGUGCGUCCCGCGGGGCUGGCGCUGCGACCGAGACGAGGACUGCGCCGACGGCAGCGACGAGCGCGACUGCGGCGCCCACCCCGCGCAGCCCUGCCCGGCCCGUCGCGAGCUGCCCCUGCCCCAAGUGCAGACCAGCUCCCCACCCCACCUCCCUGCUCAGGCCCCGCGGAUGCGCAGACCCGGCUCCAGCGCAGACCGGCGCCGCCAACUCUUGCCCUGCCCACGGGGCCCACACCCCACCCACCGCGCAGACCCCGCCCCCAGUACAGAGCCCAGUCCCAGCGCAGACCCCGCCCCACGCAGACCUCUUCCCCCAGCCCAGACCCCGCCCUGCGGAGACCCCGCCCCCAGCAUAGACCUUAGUCCCGGAGCAGACCCGCCCCUCGCAGUCCUGGCCGUGUCCUUCUUCCCUCGUCCUUUGGGAGCCCUGGGACCCACUCAGCUGCCCCCAUGUCCUGGCCUCUUCCCCUGUGGCUUGGCUCCCGAACUGUGCCUGCCCGCAGACCGGCUUUGCGAUGGGACCCAGGACUGUCCCCAGGCUGAGGACGAGCUGGGCUGUGAGGGGCUGCCAGCCCUCGGAGGCCCCAACAGGACAGGGGUCCCCUGCCCUGAGUACUCCUGCCCGGAUGGUGCCUGCAUUGGGUUCCAGCUGGUGUGUGAUGGGCGGCCAGACUGUGAAUUGGCAGGGGACACAGGGCUCUCCCCGGAAGAACAGGGCUGCGGUACCUGGGGCCCCUGGAGCCCGUGGGCACCGUGCAGCCAGACGUGUGGGCCUGGGGUGCAGGUCCGGAGCCGCCGCUGCUCCCCUGCCCGCCCCCUGGUGCUGCACUACUGCCCUGGCCCAGAGCACCAGUCUCAGGCCUGCUUCUCUGCAGCCUGCCCAGUGGAUGGGGAGUGGAGCCCCUGGUCGUCCUGGUCCCCCUGCCUCGAGCCCUGUGGGGGCACCACAGCACGGCAGCGAAGAUGCCGCCCAGCUCAGAAUGGGGGAAGGAGCUGUGCCACACUGCCUGGUGGCCCUCAUAGCACCCACCAGACCAAGCCCUGCACUCAGGACGGCUGUCCCAAUGCCACCUGCCCCGGGGAGCUGGUGCUCUGGCCCUGCGCCCCCUGCCCCUUGACAUGCGAGGACAUCUCCAGCCAGGCCUCGUGCCCCCCUGACCGGCCCUGCAACCCAGGCUGCUGGUGCCCCGAGGGGCAGUUGCUCGGCAGUGAAGGGCGGUGUGUGUGGCCACGGCACUGCCCCUGUCUGGUGGACGGUGCCCGCUACUGGCCUGGCCAACGCAUCGAGACCAACUGCCAGGUCUGUGUCUGCCAAGAUGGGUGGCCUCGGCGCUGCCGGCCCAACCCGGACUGCACCGUGGACUGUGGCUGGUCGUCCUGGUCCCCCUGGGCUGAGUGCCUGGGCCCCUGUGGGAGUCACAGCAUCCAGUGGUCCUUCCGGAGCCCCAACAAUCCCCACCUCUCUGAGCGCAGCAGCCAGUGCCGGGGCAUCCACCGCAAGGCACGAAGGUGCCAGACGGAGCCGUGUGCGGAGUGUGAAUGGCAGGGCCGGGCCUUCCGCGCAGGGCAGCGCUGGCGCGGGGGCCCCUGUGAGGUGUGCCAGUGUCUGUACAACCGCACCGUGCACUGCUCCCCCUACUGCCCCCUGGGCGGCUGCCCCCAGGGCUGGUUCCUGGUGGAGGGAGUGGGAGCAGCGUGUUGCCACUGCAUCCUGCCCGGAGAGAACCAGACAGCCCACCCCAUGGCCACUCCAGCGCCGGCUCCUGCCCCCAGCCCCCAGAUGGGACCCCCUCUGGCCACCUACCUUCUGCCUCCACCAGGAGGUCCCUGCUAUUCCCCCCUGGGUCUGGCCGGACCCCCUCAGGGGAUCCUGCAUGCCAUAUCCCGGGAGUUGGAGCACCCUGCCUGGGCUGCCUCCCUGGGGGCUCCCACCAAGGGAAGCCCUGGGGAGGCCCACCCUGAGCCACACACCCCGCGCCCCUUACUGCAGCUGGACCUUCGGUGGCCCUGGAACCUCACCGGCAUCCUUGUGCAGGGGGCCGGGGCCAUGGACGGUGAUGGCUCCAGCUUCUCGCUGCAAUUCAGUAGCGACGGCCUCCAAUGGCACGAAGACCGUGAAGUCCUGCGCGGCCCUCUGCUCCCACCCCAGGCCUCCGCUGGGAGCUGGGACGGCCUGAGCCCAGCGAUGCGGAUCUUUGGCCGCAUGGUGCAGGCGCGGUACGUGCGGAUCCAGCCCCGGGGUCCCCACGACGGCGUCUCUCUGCGAGUCGAGCUGCUGGGCUGUAAACCAACAUCCUCGCCGAUGGCACCCCGGUGCCCUGGAGCUGUGCCUAGCUGUGCCAGCGGUGAGUGUGCCUGGAGAGGGGCCGCGUGCGAUGGCGCUGAGGACUGUGCGGACGGCUCCGAUGAAGAGGGCUGCGGACCUCGGUCCACCGGCGCCGGCAGGGUGCCUCCCACAGGGAGGACCCCAGGCCCCUCCUCCUCUCAGCCCAGGCAGCUGGUCACCCAGCCCAGGGAGAGUCUGGCAGAGACUGAGCUCUGGCACCCUGAGCGAGGGUCCUUGGAACCCCCCACAGAGAAGGGGCCAAAGGGUCCUCUCCCAGCCUCCAAGUCUCCUCACCCAAGUUCUGGAGAGUCCAUGCCAUCAAUGGCCGCCACCCCCACAUCCCAGCCAGAGGCCAGGAUACUGCAGCCAGAUAUGGCAGCUGUGACGGGGCAGUCUCCCAACGAGAUGGCUACACCGGCCCCCGCUGGCCCGAGUGUGCGCCCAGGGCCCUUCCCGCCCACACAUUGUGGCCCAGGGCAGGUGCGCUGUGCGGUGCUGGGCUGUGUGGAGCCUGAGCAGCUAUGCGACGGUCUGGAGGACUGUCUGGAUGGCUCUGAUGAGUGGCGCUGUGGUGAGCAAGGCAGGUGUCUAUCAUAUGCUCUCCUUCUCCCUUGCUCCCGGGCAGCAAGCACUGUGCCCUUGCUGGUGCCCACAAUGGCCCUGCCUCAGCUGCUAGCCACCUGCUCCCCACAGCAGCUGCGCUGCGGCAGUGGGGAGUGCCUUCCUGCCCUACGGCGCUGCGACCUGCGGCCGGACUGCCAGGAUGGCUCUGAUGAGCGCGACUGCGUGGACUGUGUGCUGGCGCCCUGGUCUGGCUGGAGUGGCUGCAGCCAAAGCUGUGGACCUGGCCUUGCCGUCCAGCACCGGCAGCUGCUUCGGCCCCCCCUGCCUGGGGGCAGCUGCCGGCUCAACCGAGUCCGAAGUCGGUCCUGCUUCCUUCGGGCCUGCCCAGUGGCUGGGGCGUGGGCUGUGUGGGAGGCCUGGGGGCCCUGCAGCGUUUCCUGUGGGGGUGGCCAUCGGACUCGCAGGAGAAGCUGUAAGGACCCCCCGCCCAAGAACAGUGGUGCCCCCUGCCCAGGGGCCUCCCAGGAGGGGGCACCCUGCAGCUUGCAGCCCUGUGGAGGUGGUACUGACUGUGGGCUGGGCCGCGUACACGUGAGUGCUGAGCUGUGCCGUAAGGGGCUGGUGCCCCUGUGCCCACCCUCCUGCCUGGACCCCGAGGCCAACAGAAGCUGCAGCGGGCACUGUCUGGAGGGAUGCCGCUGCCCAUCUGGGCUGCUCCUGCAUGACAGGAACUGCCUGCCCCUCUCCCAGUGCCCCUGCCUCGUGGGUGAGGAGCUGAAGCCCCCGGGUGAGCCCUUUCUUCUGGACAGCUGCAGCUGGUGCAUCUGUGAGGAGGGGGCUCUGCGAUGUGAAUCCAGGAGCUGUCCUGUGCCCUGCGGCUGGUCAGCCUGGUCCCCCUGGGGCCCCUGCGACCGCUCUUGUGGCUCUGGAGUGAGGGCCAGGUUCAGAUCUCCCUCCAACCCUCCUGCCGCCGCUGGGGGUGUCCCGUGUGAAGGGGACAGGCAGGAACUGCAGGCCUGCCACGCAGCAUGUGGAACAGAGGUGCUGGGCUGGACACCCUGGAUGCCAUGGUCCCGCUGCAACCGAAGCUGCCUUACCCCUGGGGAGGGCCCGGGCUGGCGACGUCGUUCCCGGCUCUGCUCCAGUCCCGGGCACGCGUCCUGCACAGGAGAAGACACUCAGGAGGAAGCCUGCAGUCCCCCUAUGUGUCCAGUACCAAGUGCCUGGGGUCCGUGGGCUCCCUGGUCGGCUUGCUUAGUGCCCUGUGAUGGAGGCAUCCAGACACGUGGGCGCAGCUGCUCUGGUCCAGCCCCCGGGGACCCUGAGUGCCGGGGACCCCACAGCCAGACCAGGGACUGCAACACGCAGCCCUGCACAGCCCAGUGCCCGGGGGACAUGGUGUUUCGCUCGGAGGAGCAGUGCCGCCAGGAGGGCGGGCCGUGCCCUCGGCUGUGCGUGGCGCACAGCCCCGGGGUGGAGUGCACGGGCUCCUGCGUUCCCGGCUGCACCUGUCCCUCUGGCCUCUUCCUGCACGACGCGCGCUGCCUUCCCCGAGACCAGUGUCCCUGCCAGUGGCAUGGGAGGCUGUACCCGCCCGGAGAAGUGGCUCGACUGGACUCCUGCAACAACUGCACCUGUGUCUCUGGCAAGAUGGAGUGUACCUCCCAGCCCUGUCCAGUGGCCUGUGGCUGGAGUCCCUGGACCCCAUGGACUAUCUGCAGCCGGAGCUGCAAUGUGGGCAUUCGGCGGCGCUUCCGGGCAGGCACUGCCCCCCCAGCUGCCUUUGGGGGGGCCGAGUGCAAGGGCCCCAACAUGGAGGCUGAGUUCUGCAGCCUGCGACUCUGUCAGGGGUUACGCGGGAAGUGGGGGCCCUGGUCUCCGUGCUCCGUGCCCUGCGGUGGUGGCUACAGGAAUCGCACCCGAGGCAGUGGCCCCCACAGCCCUGUUGACUUCUCUACCUGCAGCCUGCAGCCCUGUGCAGGGCCAGUGCCUGGCAUGUGUCCUGGGAACCAGCAGUGGCUGGACUGUGCCCUGGGCCCUGCCUCCUGUGCAGAGCUCAGUGCCCCAGGAGCGGCUAAUGGGACUUGCCGCCCUGGCUGCUACUGUCCACCUGGGACACUCCUGCUGAACAACGCGUGCGUGCCCACCCGCGACUGCCCCUGUACCCACGAGGGGCGUUUGCAUGCCCCCGGCAGCGUCGUGCUCCGCCGCUGCGAGAACUGCUCCUGCGUCUCGGGAAUAAUCACCAACUGCACCUCGCGGCCCUGCGCGGAGGCCCCGCCAGCGUGGUCGCCCUGGACCCCCUGGAGCGAGUGCUCCGCCUCCUGCGGCCCUGCCUGGCGCCACCGGCACCGCUUCUGCCCCGGAGACCGUGGCGCGGCGCUGUCCCCUGCGCUGAGCUCUCCAGUGCCUCCUUGCCUGGGCCCCGAGGCCGAAGAGGAGCCCUGUUUACUGUCCGGCUGCGACCGAGCCGGGGGUUGGGGUCCGUGGGGCCCCUGGUCUCGCUGUAGCCGGAGCUGUGGCGGAGGCCUGCGGAGCCGGGCCCGCGUCUGCGACCAACCGCCGCCGCAGGGCCUGGGGGACUACUGCGAGGGGCCUGGGGCCCAGGCGGAAGCCUGCAGAGCCCUGCGGUGCCCAGUGACCAACUGCACAGCUGUCGAAGGGGCCGAGUACAGCCCCUGCGGUCCCCCCUGUCCUCGCACCUGUGACGACCUGGCGCUCUGCGUGUGGCGCUGCCAGCCAGGCUGUUAUUGCCCCUUGGGCCAGGUCCUGAGUGCAGAUGGGGCCACCUGUGUGCAGCCAGGCCACUGUGGCUGUCUGGACCUGUUGACCGGGGAGCGGUACCACCCCGGUGCUCGCCUCGCCCGGCCUGAUAGCUGCAACCACUGCACCUGCUUGGAGGGGAAGCUGAACUGCACAGAUCUGCCCUGUCCAGUGCCGGGGGGCUGGUGCCCGUGGUCAGAGUGGACACCAUGCUCACUGCCCUGCCGGGGCCAGCAGAGGACCCGCUCCAGGGCCUGUGCCUGCCCCUCCCCUCAACAUGGGGGAACCCCGUGCCCUGGGGAGACAGGGGCCCAACAACAGAAGGAGGCCUGCCCCAGCCCUGAGCCCUGCCCAGAGGAUGGAGCCUGGAGCCUGUGGGGGCCAUGGUCCCCCUGUGACAUGUGCCUGGGGCAGUCCUACCGGAGCCGGGUGUGCACCAAACCCCCCAACCCUGAGGGAGGCAGGCCCUGCCCUGGGGCCUACAGGCAGAGCCGCCCCUGUCAGGACUCUUCCUUACAGUGCACAGACUGCAGGGGUGGCCAGGGUCUGGUCCCCUGUGGUCGGCCCUGUCCUCGCUCCUGCCAGGACCUGUCCCUAGGGAGCGAAUGCCAGCCAGGGCCCACCGGCUGCCAGCCCAGCUGUGGGUGCCCCCUGGGCCAGCUGGUCCAGGAUGGACUCUGUGUGCCCCCCGCCUUCUGCCGCUGCCAGUACCAGCCUGGAGCCAUGGGUAUCCCUGAGAACCAGAGCCGGUCAGCAGGGCCUGGUCUCAGCUCCUGGGAGAGCCUGGAGCCCGGAGAGGUGGUGACCGGGCCAUGUGAUACCUGCACCUGCGUGGCUGGCGUCCUGCAGUGCCAGGAGGUGCCCAGCUGCCCCGGCCCUGGGGCAUGGGACGCUUGGGGCCCCUGGGAAGCCUGCAGUGCAUCAUGCGGGGGUGGGGAGCAGCUGCGAGUCCGGCAUUGCGCCCGCCCUCCCUGUCGGGGGCCUGCCCGCCAGAGCCGUACUUGCCAUACCCAGGUGUGCAAAGAGGCUGGGUGUUCAGCUGGACGUCUGUACCGGGAGUGCAGGCCCGGUGAAGGCUGCCCCUUCUCCUGUGCCCACGUCACACAGCAGCUGGGCUGCUACUCCGAGGGCUGCGAGGAGGGGUGUCACUGCCCCCAGGGCGCCUUCCAGCACCGCUUGGCCUGUGUGCAGGAGUGCCCCUGCGUGCUGACUGCACGGCUGCUGCAGGAACUGGGGGCCCCCAGCCUGGACCCUGGGGCUCGGCCACUCGUUUUGGGAGAGGGGGGUCGACCUUUGGGGCCCGGAGAUGAGCUGGGCUCGGGGCAGACCUUUCACUCGGGUUGCAGCAACUGCUCAUGUGCACACGGGAAGCUGUCCUGCUCCCGGGAGGACUGCGCCGCGGCCGGCGGCUUCGGCCCCUGGAGCGCGUGGAGCCCGUGCUCGCGCUCCUGUGGGGGGCUGGGGACUCGCAGCCGCAGCCGCCUGUGUGUGCGCCCUGCGCCCUCCCGCAGUGGCCAGGCCUGCCUGGGGCCGCGCCAGGACCGCGAGCCCUGCCCCAGCCGGGACUGCCCGAGGGCUGAAGGGUCCACAGUGGAGCCAGUGAGAGGUCUCCCAGGCGCCUGGGGCCCGUGGUCCCCGUGGUCCCUCUGCUCCCGCAACUGCACUGACCCCGCCCGCCCUGCGUGGCGCCACCGCGAUCGUCUCUGCUUGGCCAACUGCAGCAGCGCGGACGCCACCCAGGAACGGCCGUGCAACCUGCCCUCCUGCACAGAGCCGCUCCUGUGCCCGGGCCCCGGCUGCGUGGCCAGGAACUGCUCCUGGACUGCGUGGGCUCCCUGGGAGCCGUGCUCUCGCAGCUGCGGGGCCGGCCAGCAGCGCCGUCUGCGGGCGUACCGGCCCCCGGGGCCCGGCGGGCACUGGUGCCCCAACAUCCUCUCCGCCUACCAGGAGCGCCGCUUCUGUAACGUGCGAGCUUGCCCAGUGUCGGGGGGUUGGUCCCGCUGGAGCCCCUGGUCCUGGUGUGACCGGAGCUGCGGUGGGGGCCGAUCCCUGAGGAGCCGCAGCUGCUCUAGCCCCCCGCCCAAGAACGGGGGUGCGCCCUGUGUCGGGGAGCGGCACCACGCUCGGCCCUGCAACUCCAUGCCAUGCGAAGGGGACUGCCCGGCUGGCAUGGAGGUGGUCAGCUGUGCCAACCGCUGCCCUCGCCGAUGCUCGGACCUCCAGGAAGGGGCCGUGUGCCGGGACGACGAGACCUGCCAGCGUGGCUGCCGCUGCCCCGAGGGAUCCCUAGAGCAGGGCGGUGGCUGUGUGCCGAUUGGACACUGCGAGUGCACAGAUGCCCAGGGGCGCAUUUGGGCCCCGGGCAGCCGGCGCCAGGAGGCCUGUAGCGACUGCACGUGCCAGGGGGGCCGGCUCUCCUGCACAGCCCGGUCCUGCCCACCGCCCACCUACUGUGCCUGGAGCCAGUGGUCAGCCUGGAGCCCCUGCAGCCGCUCUUGUGGGCCUGGAGGGCAGCAGAGUCGCUUCCGGUCCUCCACAUCGGGCUCCUGGUCCCCCAAGUGCCGGGAAGAACAGUCACAGAGCCAGACUUGCCUGCAGCCCCCCUGCCCACCCCUGUGUGUGCAGGGCACCCACAUCCGCACCCUGGGGGACAGCUGGCUGCAAGGGGCGUGUGAGCAGUGCUCCUGCACCCCAGAGGGCGUGAUGUGCGAGGACACCAGCUGUGCAGGACCCGAGGCCUGGACGCCAUGGUCCUCGUGGUCCAGCUGCCCAGUCUCCUGUGGAGGUGGAAGCCAAGUUCGAACCCGGGUCUGCACGACCCUGGCCUCUCUCCCCAGGGGACAGCCAUGCUCAGGCCCAGACUCCCAGACCCAGCCCUGUGGGCAACAGCCUUGCCCAGAGCUGCCCAAGGCCUGCUCCUGGGGGCCGUGGGGGCUCUGCUCCCGAAGCUGUGGCCCUGGCCUGGCCUCCCGCUCUGGGUCCUGCCCCUGCCCAAUGUCUGAGCCAGACUCCACCUGCAAUGUCACCUUCCUGCACCUGGACACCCGGGCCUGCUACCCCCAGCCCUGCCCAGAGGCAUGCGUUUGGAGCAGCUGGAGCAGCUGGACGAAGUGCUCCUGCCGAGUACCGAUACAGCAGCGAUCCCGCCACCAGGUGCCGGCGCCCGGGGGCGGGGAGGGCACGCCCUGCACGCGCCUCGACGGCCACUUCCGGCCCUGCCCCCCCAGCAACUGCUCUGAGGACAGCUGUGCACCUCCCUUUGAGUUCCGGGCCUGUGGCUCCCCCUGCGCUGGGCUCUGUGCCACCCAUCUGCAGGGGCAGCUCUGCCAGGACCUGCCUCCCUGCCAGCCCGGCUGCUACUGCCCCGAGGGGCUGCUGGAGCAGGCAGGAGCCUGCGUCCCUCCAGAGCGGUGUCACUGCCUGCGCAUCCCGGGAGGGGCGGCUGGGAUGGCCCUGCCCCCGGGGGGCCGCCUGUGGCUAGGCUGUAAGGAGUGCGAGUGCCAGCACGGAGAGCUGCGGUGCAUCAGUGAGGGUUGCCGAGGUCUUCUGCCCCUGAGCAGCUGGUCUGAGUGGACACCCUGUGGGCCCUGCCUGCCCCUCAGUGCGCUGGCUCCAGCCUCUAGGAUCGCCCUCUGGGGGCGCUGGCCCCAGGACCUAGGCCGCCUCCCCCCCACCUCGGCCACCCUGCUGGCUUCGGAGCAGCACCGGUACCGCCUCUGUUUGGAUCCUGAGACGGGGCAACUCUGGGCUGGGGACCCUCAACUCUGCACUGCAUCCCUCAGCCAGCAGCGCCUCUGCCCUGAUCCUCGGGCCUGCCAGGACCUGUGCCAGUGGGGUCCUUGGGGCCCCUGGAGCCCCUGCCAGCUGCCCUGCAGCGGGGGGUUCCGCCUGCGCUGGAGAGAGGCAGGGGGCACCCCUGGAGGAGGCUGCCGGGGGCCGUGGGCUCAGACUGAGGGGUGCAACCUGGCCCCCUGCCCAGGGGCAAGCUGUGCAGCCCGGGGUGCUGAAUUCAGCCCAGGCUGUGCCAACCAGUGCCCGAGGAGCUGUGCUGACCUCUGGGACCGAGUGCAGUGCCUGCAGGGGCCCUGCCGCCCAGGCUGCCGCUGCCCCCCGAGCCAGCUGGUUCAGGAUGGGCACUGUGUGCCCAUCUCUUCCUGCCGAUGCGGCCUCCCCAGCCACAAUUCCUCUUGGGAGCUGUCUCCAGCUGAGGUCCUGCAGCUGGGCUGCCAAAACUGCACCUGUGUCAAUGGAUCCCUGGCGUGCCUACCCCGUGAGUGCCCUGUCCUCGGCCCUUGGUCAGCCUGGAGCAACUGCUCCUUGCCCUGCGGUGGGGGCACCAUGGAGCGGCACCGGAGCUGCAAGGGGGGCCCCUGGGGGGCACUCUGCCUGGUCCAGGACACAGAGCAGCGUCGAGAAUGUAACCUUUGGCCCUGUCCUGGAUGUGAGACAGGUGGACAGAAUUUGUCAGGGGAGACCUGGAUGGGCCCUGGUAGUAUUUGGGUGGAGGUCAGGGGGGUGCUCAAGGAGAAGGUGGGGACAGGGGGCCCACUGGAGCCAAGGAGGCAUCGUGGAGGGAAGAGGGUGGGCAGCAGGGUGGACGCUAGAGCCAGGACUGACCUGAUGGUGGGGUCUUCUCUGGCAGAGUGCCCCCAGGGGGAGGUGUGGCAGACAGUGGCCCUCAGAGAGCUCAGGCCCUGUGAGCCAACGUGCCGGGAGGUGAAUGCCACAGAAGCACCGCAGAGCGACUGCAGCAUGGGACGGGCGGGCUGUGUGUGCCAGCAUGGACGCUUCCGCAGCCAGGCAGGCCUCUGCGUCCCUGCAGACGGCUGUGAGUGCUGGCACCGUGGACGUCCCCACCCGCCCGGAUCUGAGUGGCAAGAGGCCUGUGAGAGCUGCCGCUGCCUUGCUGGGAGAAGCGUCUGCACCCAGCAUUGCCCCCUGCUCACCUGUGCCCAGGGUGAGGUGAAGGUCCAGGAGCCGGGGAGCUGCUGCCCUACCUGCCGACAGCCGACACUGGAGGGGCCGAUAGCCUCCUGCCAGCGUGUCAUGGAGCUGCGCAACCUCACCAAGGGUCCCUGCCACCUGGACCAGGUGGAAGUGAGCUACUGCAGCGGGCACUGCCCAUCCAGCACCAACGUCAUCCUUGAGGAGCCCUACCUGCAAAGCCGGUGCCAAUGCUGUAGCUACCGCCUGGACCCAGACAGCCCCGUGCGUGUCCUGAGCCUGCGCUGUCCCGGCGGCCGCGCAGAGCCCGCGGUGCUGCCGGCCAUUCUCAGCUGCCACUGCAGCGCCUGCCCGGGAGGUGAUUUCUCAAAGCGCUGA